CAUGUACCUGAGGGCACCUACCUGAGCCAUCUCCACCUGCGCACUACUGCUGCCACUACUGCUAUACUAUACUACCUUACUACAGACCUCCUUGGCUUGCAUGCCCAGGUGAAAGAGGACCAAACUCAAAAAGCAACAUCUACAUGCAGCCUAAGGUACCUAGGGAACCGUGGUCUGUACGUGGGAAGGAACACAUGCCGCCGGGAUACGCAUGAACACCUCACACACGACGCGGAUCAUCAUUGAGAGAAUACCCGGCUUACCACACGUUCCUCGUCCGUCAAGUGAAUUCAACCCAGCCCUCGCCACCGGCUGUCUGGCCCGUUAGAGCAUACACACACACAAAUCCACACUUACCCCUUGCUUCCGAGAGAGCCUGUCAGCUCAUAAGCAGAAGGCGUAAGGCUACCUAACUCCUCCCUGAGGUAGCUGUGCCUCGGAUCCUCCUGGCCUGAUCACAGAGACUCCCCAUAUCUCACGCCCGCAAGCAAGCAAGCAAGCAAGCAGAGAAGAAGAGCACGAACAGUACUUCCACUCAACAUGGACAAAAUCAAGUCACUCUUCCAAAGAUACAACUGCUUUCGCUCACCCUCCUCCUCUACCCCCUCCUCCGCCUCCGCCAUCUCCUCUCCGACAUCAGAGCCUGAGACUGUCGAAGUCCAUCACCAUCACCCACACUCCAAAGCUGUCAGGUCUCCCACGCCUUCACUUUCCCGAGAAUCGUUCAAAUACAACAACACCAGCAUCGUCGUGUCCCAUGGAGCUUUCCACACCACAUGGCAUUAUCAACUCUUCUGCGAUGCAGUCCAGAAAUACACCACCAUUGAUCGAGUCAUUGUUCCACAACAAUCCAGCUCGAGUCUGACACCUCCUGCAAACUCUUUCGAGGCGGAUUGCAAGCUUAUAUACGACACGAUUGCAGACGAGCUCCGAGAUGGACGCGAUGUGCUUCUGGUGUGUCAUAGCUACGGCGGUAUUCCUGGCUGCGAGGCAUUAGCGGAUUUGUCCUCGUCGACACUUCGCGAAAAAAGCGAACAGGGCAGUACCACCACCACUUCUACCGGGCGAGUUCUGGGAAUCGUGUUCGUCACAGCGUUUGUAGCAGAAGCCGGACAGAGUCUAGUGACUUCGAAACUCGCUGGUCGAGCUUCUUGGGUCCGAAUGGAUGGCUCUCUCAGCCACGUUAAAUCCCCCCUCCCCACCCUCUACAAUACCUGCUCUCCCUCCAUCGCUCACGAAUCCAUCUCCCGCCUCGUGCCCCAAUCAUCCUCAUCAUUCCUCGCACCCACCAAACACGAAACCUGGAAAUCUUUCCCUUGCUACUACGUCCGGUGUCUGCACGACCAAGCCAUGUUGCUCGAAGAACAGAACUUCUUUAUUGCGCGCUUACAGCGCUUUUGCCCCGAUACCACCGUCGUUAAAGACUUGGCGAGUGAUCAUGCUCCGUUUGCGAGUAUGCCUGAACGACUGGCAGAGGUCAUGGAAGAGAUUGUGAGGGAGUUGUCUUCGGUGUUGAUGGUGGUGCAUGCUGAGAAGUAGAGAACUCCUGGAAGUUUAUUUUAUACGGAAAUAGGUUUCUGGGGGAGGGGAAAGGGUGUGUGGCUGGGCCUGGUGGGUUAUCCUCUGGUAUUCUUCUUCUUCUUCUUAUAGAUAUCCAUGUCUGUGGAUGUUACCUAUCCUACAUGGAGUCUCUGGGAGACUUUCAUGUUGUCGUCGUUGUUGUUGGAGCGAACGAACGAAUGAACAAGCAAGCGAGCGAGCAGGUAUCGUAGAUUUGCUUGAUAUCGACAGAAUAGAUGGAUAAAAUGUAGGGUCGCUACAGGUACACGUAGCUCAACAGUACGGACUCCUGUUGUUAAACACUACCCUACGUUCAUGUUAGCAUGCAGUCAUUUCGUUCAAGUAGGUAGUAGUGAUGCGAAA